AUGGGGGGCGGCGGGUCGUCCCUGAGGGUCUGCGCGGAUCACCGCGGGGGCAUCAACUGGCUGAGCCUGAGCCCGGAUGGGCAGCGCCUGCUGACCGGCAGCGAGGACGGCACGGCCAGGCUCUGGAGCACUGCGGACGGCCGGUGCUGCGCGCUCCUGCAAGGACAUGAGAGCUACGUCACCUUCUGCCAGCUGGAGGAGGAGGCUGCCUUCACCUGCAGCGCUGACUGCACCAUCAGGAGGUGGGACGUGCUGACCGGGCAGUGCCUGCAGGUGUACCGAGGACACACAUCCAUCGUGAACAGGAUCCUCGUUGCCAACAACCAACUCUUCAGCAGCUCCUACGACCGGACAGCUCGCGUCUGGACUGUGGACGAGGGGCAGGCGUCCCGGGAGCUCCGGGGCCACCGCAACUGCGUGCUCACGCUGGCCUACUCCAGCCCCUGGGAGGUCCCUGGCACACCCUGYCUGGAGGAGGCCGUGGCUGGGGGGCUCCUGGUGACCGGCAGCACGGACGGCACAGCCAAGGUGUGGCAGGUAGCCAGUGGCUGCUGCCACCAGACACUGCGGGGCCACACGGGCGCCGUGCUGUGCCUGGUUCUGGACGCGCCUGGACGCACGGCCUUCACCGGCAGCACCGAUGCCACCAUCCGUGCCUGGGACAUCCUGAGCGGGGAGCAGCUGCGCGUGUUCCGGGAACACCAGGGCUCUGUCAUCUGUCUGGAGCUGGUGGACCGGCUCCUGUACUCGGGCAGCGCGGACAGGACUGCCAAGUGCUGGCUGGCACACGAGGGGGAGCACGUGUGCACCUUCCCCGCCCACAGACACAGCGUGAGCACCCUCAAGUACCACGCGGGCACCCUAUUCACGGGCAGUGGGGAUGCCUGCGCCCGGGCCUUUGACGCGCAGUCGGGAGCGCUGCAGAGGGUGUUCCGGGGCCACAGCUUUGUCAUCAACUGCUUGCAGGUGCAUGGCCAGGUGCUCUACACCGUGUCCCAUGAUGGCACGCUGCGCCUCUGGGACAUGCGUGGUCUCCGGGCCCUGCCACCCACGCCUCGCAGGCCAGCAGCCAAGCGCAGCCUGUCACGCCUGUUCAGCAACAAGGUGGCCUGUGCCCCGGACACACCGCUGCAGGCUGCCUGA